UGGAGGUGACGCUCUCAGUGUAUUUUUUUGACGUGGCGGCUACGUAUCAGCACAGCCAUCCACUCCUGGCGCACCGUAAUCAGUGACGAGUAAAACUACGUAAGGGGAAGCAACUGAAUGAACUUGAAAUACUAAGAUGGCAGAAUGUCGCUGAUAUCUUCAUAAUUAUACAAAAAUAUUUCUGAAGCACAUCAAAAGAGAAAUCUAUUUUUGGUAAAUAGAUAAGUGACUGCAUACAAACACAGCAACCUUGGAAACUCAGGACAAAUGACCAUGGAAUCAGUAGUUGAAUCUCACCAAGAUGGCAGUGUAACAGAUUCCGCCACAGAUAGUGAAUCUAUCCAAUUACAAGCUCAGAAUUCCCAGACUCAAAUCCCUACCAUUGCGCAGGUAUCUGUAGCUGGUACUCAAGUUGCUUCAGGGUCUCCAGCUGUUACUGUUGUACAAUUGCCUUCUGGUCAGACUGUGCAGGUCCAGGGAGUAAUCCAAACCGCACAACCCUCUGUCAUACAAUCACCACAGAUACAGACUGUACAGGUAGCUACUAUUGCAGAAACAGAUGAGUCUGGUGAUUCUGCCGAGGUUGUGACUGACUCUCAAAAACGGAGAGAAAUUCUAUCCAGGCGACCUUCCUACAGAAAAAUCCUAAAUGAAUUAUCUUCUGAUGCACCUGGUGUUCCAAAGAUUGAUGAAGAAAAAUCAGAGGAAGAGGGAGCGACAGCUGCUAUCACUACAAUGGCAGUACCAACAUCUAUCUAUCAGACAAGCACCGGCCAAUACAUUGCCAUUGCUCAAGGUGGAACUAUCCAGAUUGCAAAUCCAGGAGCUGAUGGUGUACAGGGAUUGCAGACACUUACAAUGACCAAUGCUGGAACGCCUCAGCCCGGGGCAACCAUUGUCCAAUAUGCUGCACAGUCAAGUGAUGGGACACAACAGUUUUUUGUUCCAGGCAGUCAAGUCGUCGUUCAAGCUGCCACUGGAGAUAUGCCAACUUACCAAAUCCGAACCCCAACUACCACUUUACCUCAAGGAGUGGUAAUGGCAACCUCACCAGGGACAUUGCAUAGUCCACAACAGUUGGCAGAAGAAGCUACACGUAAACGGGAGCUCAGGCUAAUGAAAAACAGGGAGGCUGCCAAAGAAUGUCGACGUCGAAAAAAGGAAUAUGUAAAGUGUCUGGAAAGUCGCGUUGCAGUGCUGGAAACCCAAAACAAGCAGCUAAUCGAGGAACUCAAAACUUUGAAAGAACUUUAUUGUGAUAAAUCAGAGUAGUAUUUGUGAUCUGAGUUCUGACCAAUUUGAUGUCUACAGCAUCUUUCUUUGAAGAUGAAGCUUCUGCAGCUUCAGACUGCUUUUUAUUUUUUUGCUUUGCAAAACUACGUAGACAACAUCAGAAACUUUAACCUGUAACAUUUCUCAGAAGUUAUUCACAGUAAUAUAUUUUGUUAAGUGUUUGUUGUAUAACGAAAAUUGUGAAAAAAUGAACAAAAAAACUUUUGUAAAAACAAUUAGUUAAAUGUGUAUAUACAUAUAAUGUGCCUGUUACAAUGUACUGCAGUACUUGCUGAAGUUGUUCUAUUUGUUAAACAUUUGCAUUUAAGAUUUAUGUGUUGUGCAUUAUAUGCUGUCCUGAAGAAUACAAUGUAAUAUUUUUAUAGGUGUUUAAUGUUCUUUUAGUGCCCUAUUAUA